CGUUGCGUAUCGCGCGCCGCCUCGUCUCUGGAAUGCGGAUGUAGCCGUGCUUGUCUCCAAGCGGCUCGGAGCUGCGGUGGUCAUCUCGCCAACGUUUCGACUUCACCGGGCCGAUGAUUAUGGAUCGGCUGGCCCCUAUGCGCCUCUACACCCUGUCCAAGCGGCAUUUUGUCCUCGUCUUUGUGGUUUUCUUUAUAUGCUUUGGCCUGACAGUCUUCGUUGGUAUAGCGGGCCCUAAAAUAAUUGAGGAGUACAGUGCGACCAACAGUUCCCAUACCAAGACUGGACCUUUCAGCUUGCAGUCUCUGCCUUUAUCUACCUACAACCAGCAGCUGUGGCUCACAUGUCAGAUCCAGCUGGAGCAUCCCAGUGGGGUGGAUUACAGUCAGCCGCUGGAGAUCAACGUGGAGUUGAAAGGGGUAAUGCAGGAUGCCAGCGUUACCCGCAUCAGCAGCAACGUUCACCAGAAGUCCCGCAUCCUGCACUGCGGGGCAGUGAAUGUGCAUCCGCCGACAUGUGAUGAGAUCAUCGUGGUGCAUCUGGGCUACCUGAAUUACACUCGGUACCAUGUCAAUGUCAGCUUCAAAGGCCUGGAGAACCUGACCUUUGGCAUCCGGGAGGUGACCUUCAUGUGGAAGACCUACAACCCGUCCUUUUCCCAGGUGGAGAUCUGGUUUCGCUUUGUCUUCGUGGUGCUGACAUUUGUGGUCACGUGCAUGUUCGCCCACUCCCUGAGGAAGUUCUCCAUGCGGGACUGGGGCAUCGAGCAGAAGUGGAUGUCCAUCCUGCUGCCCCUGCUGCUCCUGUAUAAUGACCCCUUCUUCCCACUGUCGUUCUUGGUGAACAGCUGGUUCCCCGGGACGCUGGACGCCCUGUUCCAGGCAGUGUUCCUUUGUGCCCUGUUGCUGUUCUGGCUCUGUGUUUACCACGGUAUCCGCGUUCAGGGGGAGAGGAAGUGCAUGACCUUUUAUCUGCCCAAGCUGGUCAUCGUGGGCCUGAUAUGGUUGUCCUCCAUAACACUGGGGAUCUGGCAGACGGUGAAUGAACUGCAUGACCCCACUUACCAGUACAAAGUCGACAUUGGGAAUUUCCAGGGCAUGAAGAUCAUCUUCCUGGUGGUGGUGUCUGUGUACAUCCUCUACCUGAUCUUCCUGAUUGUCAGAGCCUGCUCAGAGCUGAAGAACAUGCCUUACACUGACCUUCGGCUGAAAUUUCUGACUGCGUUGACCUUCAUAGUGCUGAUCAUCAGCAUGGUCAUCCUCUACUUGAGGUUUGGCGCCAAGGUGCUGCAGGACAACUUCGUAGCUGCUCUCUCCACCCACUACAAAAACUCAGCCGAGUUUCUCUCUUUCUAUGGGUUGCUCAACUUCUACCUGUACACUCUGGCUUUUGUGUACUCGCCGUCAAAGAGCGCCCUCUAUGACUCGCAACUGAAAGAUAACCCUGCCUUUUCCAUGCUGAAUGACUCGGACGAUGAAGUCAUAUAUGGGAGCGAUUAUGAGGAGAUGCCACUCCAAAAUGGGCGGGCGAUCAAGGCAACAUCAAAAUACCAGGACGAGACCGACAGCGACUGAGAGCGGCCAGCACCCCCUACUUGUGAGCGGCGCCAUGACAUGCAUCAUGCAUCCAUCUCCAGAGCACAGCCGCUACUGAGAAAAUGUCCUGACCCCAUCUGUGUAAAUACUGUGUGUAGUUUAAAUUAAAUGCAAAUUAUAGAUAUGUGUACAUAAUAUUUUAAAAACCCAGUUGCCACUAAAUGUAAGUAAAAGUAUUAGUGAUGCAUGAGCUGAAGAGGGCACUGAGAGGGAGACCAUGGACACUUGAGUGAGAUCUAUAUAUCAUUUUUAAAUUUUUUCCUUUUUUUUUUAGUACAGAUGAGAAUACAAGUGAAAGGUCAGUGUAUUUUGGGAGUUUAACAUGUACAGUGUAUAUACAUAUCUGCUGCCGUUUUAAAUAUGUAUGAAAAUAUGUUGAAGUAACGUGCAGUUUUUUUUUGUAUUCUGCUUCCUAUCCAGCAGAUGUGCGGACCAUAGUAUGGUUGCUGGUUUGAAGGCCCACUUUAUUUCCUUUAUUUUCACCCAAAUGCAUAAUACAAACCCAGUUUUGCAUGAAGCUAUAAAGAAAAUGUCACUUGUUUGGGGUGUUAUUGUGCAUUCCUGAGACAAUAGAAAAAAACAAUCACAUUCCUUAAGUCAUUUUAAGUAGUAUUUUUUUGUCUGUCAAAUUAAGUAAAAAAAAAUCUUACCUGUAAUUUUGCAGUGUGAGACCUGUUCACUUAAGCUAAAUGCAACAUUCAGGUAAAGUGUGACAUUUCUCAUUUAAUAACAGAUAUAUCUUAUGUUUGUAUAUGAAAUGUAUAAUUGCCCUUAAAUCAUUGCUUAUUUUCAGUACUACAGUGUUCUGCUCAGUUUAAUCCUUGUUAUCCUAGUUUUUACUUAUUGUUUGGAAAAAAAUGCAUGUGUCCAUUUUUGGGUUCUUGUACACUGGCCUGCUUCCUGCCUGGUUUGUAAGGCUAUGUAUGGGUUGGUCUCUUCAAGGUGCCUUUGAGGAAGUUCAAAUCUGCAUACCAAAACGGUCCAGUAUCUUUUCUGCUUAUAAUGUCCGGUUUACAAAAUAAGCUUGAUGUAGAUUUUAUAGGGGAAAGGGGAAUUUUUUGUGGCCAGUUGUGAAUUCUACACAGUACCUGUGUUUUCCCCCACCUUUUGGGGAAAAUCUGAGUCUGGAAGAAACAUUGUGCCUUGUAUGAUUUUGAUAUGUACACAUAUAGGUUUGGUAAGCUGUAUUGUACAUAAUAUUCUGUUUACUUUCAUGGAAACAGUCAGCAUGCUGCAAUUAUGCCACAUUUUCAAAGGACAUUGUUCCCUAAAGGUUACAUUGCCAUUGCAACCCCAGAUAAUCUUAAUAGCUGUAAAAAUUACUGUAAAGGUUCAUGAUCUGUGAUUGUAGCAAACUGAAGUCACUAUGGAGAUUCCAGUAACAGAAAUUGGCAACAACUUGUGGGAAAGGUGUAAUAAUUUAUUCAAAUUGUAAUAAAGAAAUGACAGAGUUUUA